AUGAGAGCUUCUGAAUGGAUCCUUAAGGCUCUCUUAGAUGUGUGCACAACGACCAAAGACUCUCUACUACAUACAAAUGAGUGCAUGCGAGAACUUCAUUCAAUUAUGAGAAGGAGAAAGGGAGGUGAAGUAGAGCUCAGGACAGAGAUUGACUUCAAGAAAGGUGGUAAAAAAGGUCAUCUCAAAAGCCUUGGCAAAUUUGAAGG